CACUCACACUUUUAAAUGCUUUGUUUUGGUUUGCAGAGUUUACGUAAACCCUUUCAAAACAAUAAACUUCUUCUAAAUUGUACAAUCAAACCUUUUCGCACUACGUGUGGGAAUGAAUAUUCUGAAAUCUUCAAACGUAAUAAGCAGUGCCCUGACCCAAGCCAAAUGGAAUGUGGAAAACAAAGGUAAAAGUGCAAUGUAUCUAGUGGUACAUCGGUGCAUAAGUCUAUGCAACAGCCUUCACGGGUCUCAUUACGAUUCUCUCGGAUUGUCCCCUGCGGCAACUCAAAAUGACAUCAAGCAGGCAUACUACAAACUAUCAAAGCUGUACCACCCGGACAAGAACAAGGACAGCGAUAACGCAGCGGAAAAAUUCCGUUCUAUCACCGAAGCCUACGAGGUGCUGGGAAACUAUCGGCUGCGGAAACUGUACGACAAAGGGAUAUUGCAUACGGCAGGGCGACAGUAUGCACAGCACCAGGCGGUCAGAAACGAACCGGAGGAGGAAGACCCGCAGACCCGUUUCUACAAGAAACGCAUGACUCGGACGCAUGUUCCAACGGCUUCCGGACGAACUCCAAUCUAUGAUUUUGACGAGUGGUCUCGAAAUCAUUACGGGCAAAAUUUCGAACGAAAGAAAACUGCCGAAGCUAAGUUUCGCAACAAGUCAGAGCAGGACGAAAUUCAAUUCUCGCAGGAAAUUCAGAGCUAUGUUGUUUAUGUGGUGGCUGGUAUUGUAAUGUUUUACUUUCUAAUAGUAUUGAAGGAGCGCUCGCAUGAUGUCCCCAAAGCGAUGGAGAAGUUGCCGAAUGAUGAACCGGAGCGGUAAAGCAAUGGGUCGAUAGUUUGAGCCAAUGAUGGCGAAUGUACAUAAAGAGUAAAGGCACAUAUUGUUUUGAAGCUAUGAAAAUCCAAAUAAAAAUUGAUGUUAUUUAUAA